AUGGAGGGGCCUGUGAAGGAUGGGAUCCUUUAUGUCCAGCACUUCAAAUUUGGAAAGAGGUCCUGGAAGAAGGUGCGGGUGCAGCUGUUCGCAGCUGGCCCGUCAGGUGUGGCCCGCAUGGAGCAGUUCGCGGUGCGGGACGGUUCAGGGCCCGAGAAGGCAUCGCUGCGGCGGGGCGAACGCCGGGUGCUCCGGCUGGCCGACUGCGUGUCCGUGGGGCCUGCCGGCACCGAGGGCUGCCCCCGUGGCACGGCCGCCUUCUGCCUCCGCACCCUGGACAAGAGCCACGUGCUGGCGGCCGAGCAGCCCGACGAGUGGGUGGCGCAGCUCUGCCAACUGGCCUUCCAGGGCACAAAGGAGAUGGCUCCAGGCAGCGACAGGGCCUUGCCCAGCUCUGGCCUCCGCAUGGAGGAGAACACGAUCUACUCGUCCUGGCACGCACCGAACGAGUUCCCAGUGCUGCUGCUACGGACAGAGGCCUCCACCCGCUGCGGCCUGAGCGGGCGCUACCUGCUGGCCGUGCUGCCCGAGCGCCUGGUGUUGAAGGAGCUGCAGACGCGGCAGCCGCUGUUCGCCUGGCCCUACCCCUUCCUGCGCAAGUUCGGCCAGGACCAGGCUGUGCUGUCCUUUGAGGCCGGCCGCCGCUGCGACUCCGGCGAGGGCGUCUUCACUCUCAGCACGGGCCACGCUGCCGAGAUCUGUGGUCUCAUAUCCGCCGCCAUCGCCCGCCAGAGGAGCCAGGAGCCCUGGCAGCACCUCGCCAGUGGCCCUGAGGGAGCACCGCCAGCGUCCUGGGCCCUAGAGGACGGAGGGGCCACGCCGCCCGCCUGGCUCCGGCCCGAGCACCCUCCGCCCCAGCGCUGA